AGCAAGCUAGCCAAGCCCUCCCUCCAUACAUACAAAAUGAUGGCCUCAAUAACAAACUAUCCCUCUCCUUCCCAAAUUGUGGAGUCCAAAGACACACAAGAAGUGAUAGUAGUGAUCGUACCAUUUCUUGCACAAAGCCACAUUAAUCUUCUUUUCCACAUGUCCCGCCUCGUUGCCUCCUACGAUUUGCUCGUUUAUUUUCUCGGUUUUAGCAUCGACAUUGUCACAGCCAAACAACGUAUCCAAGGUUGGAACCCGACCGACUACCCGACCCUUCGGUUCCAUGAGUUCCCCUCGCCCCCGUCUUACCAAUCCAACACCAACCCCACACGUGAGUUCGGGUCGUUCACGGACUUGUUAGCUAACACGAUGAAAGCAGUCGUGGAUUUACGCGGCCCCAUCAGAGAGCUCCUGUGGGAGCUCUCGGGCAAAUGCCGAAGGCUUGUGGUGGUUGGCGAUGCCCUGAUGGCCACGACUAUACAGGAUGUCGCUUCCAUACCGAACGCUGAGGCUUACAACUUCUAUGUCGGGUCGGCCUUCCACGAUGCCUCGCUCGUCUGGGAAGUCUCCCGUAGAGUGCUUCACAUCCCGCCUUUCCUCUGGAAGCUCAUCGGGAAGCUUGUUCUCCCUCCCGGGGCAGUGAUCCCGGACGGUCUUCCGACCCCACAAAGCUGCUUCCCGGCAAAUUUCUUGAAGUUCAUCGUCGACCAACGAGCCAACCACAAGUUCUUCAAGGGUCAUCUCUUCGACGCUUGCAGAGCCAUAGAAGGCCCGUACCUCGACCUACUCCGGAGGUGCUACAGGCUACUCAGAAGAGGAAACGUGUGGGGGAUAGGUCCGUUAAACCCGGUCGUCACCCAAUCAGAAACAAGCAAUAAUAAUUCCACAAUGGCAGUGUCGUCGGAACCCACCGACCUGUACGUCGGGAGAGGGCUCAUCCUCCGGGACUGGGUCCCGCAGCUCGAGAUCCUGGAGCAUGGGUCGACGGGCGGGUUCUUGACGCACUGCGGGUGGAACUCGUGCAUGGAGAGCAUAUGCAGGGGAGUGCCAAUGGCGACGUGGCCAAUCCAGUACGACCAGGCGAGGAACGCUGUCCUGAUGACGGAGGUGCUGAAGAUAGGGAUCGCCGUGAAAGAUUUGGAGAGGAGGGAGGAAGUGAUAACUGCGGCGGCGAUUGAAGCGGCCGUCCGGAGAUUGAUAGGGUCGGCGGAAGGAGAGGAGUUGAGAGUUAAGGCGAGAGAGAUGGGGAGAGCCGUGAAGCAGUCCGUGAUGGAGGGGGGCGUUUCUCGCGUGGAGAUGGACAGUUUUAUUGCUCAUAUUGCCAGAAAAUGUUGAGAGGGAAUCGAAGGAGAGGUGCAUUGAAAUAAAUACCUCUAGUCUUUUUUUCUAAAAUGCACUUUCUCAUCUUUGUAAUUGAUUUAAAAUAUUUUUAUUCUAAGUGAUUAGUGAGUUCUGUGAGUCUUAUAAUGGUUUGCAGUGUUUUGCAUUUUUUCACUAAACAAUUCCUUUUUCUAUUAAAAAACAACUUUUACCCCU